AUGGAUACCAAUCCAUUCCCUCCACCAGCGACAAUGACAGGAACAGACCGGGGGCAAACUGGAGGAAUCAUCCAGACUUUGAAGAAGAGGAAGAACACAGGGAGGAAGUUCUGCCCAGGCCAAACAGAAUGGAGCACAGGAUUGACCACAUCCAACCAGAACAAGGGCGAAAUUCGCACCUUGUCAAUGCUUUGA